CUCUUGCUUGGUGCAUUUCAUUACUACAAAAAACAUGUGUCACCUUGCAUCCUCUCAUCACUCUUGCAAAUGCAAUUCAAACAUUCGUGCUCCAUUGAUCCCCAAAAGCCCCACCUCAAAGCAAGAAGAAACACGCCACUCAACAAUACAUGAACCUGGUUUUGUUCCUCUUGCUUUCAAGGAAGCCAUAUCCAUAGCCAAGAUAGCUCUUCCCAUGAUACUAACUGGCCUCAUCUUGUACUCCCGCUCCUUGAUUUCCAUGCUCUUCCUUGGCCACCUCGGCGAGCUUCCCUUGGCGGGCGGUUCACUCGCCAUCGGCUUCGCCAACAUCACUGGCUACUCCAUUCUUUCCGGCCUUUCCAUGGGGAUGGAAUCCAUCUGUGGACAAGCCUUCGGUGCUAGAAAAUACACCCUUCUUGGAAUCACUCUGCAAAGAACGGUGCUUCUGCUCUUCCUUUCUUCGCUGCCCAUUUCUCUUGUGUGGAUGAACGUGAAGAGAAUACUCAUGGUUUGUGGGCAGGAUGAAACGAUCGCCAUUGUUGCGCAAUCGUAUCUUGUUUACUCGGUUCCCGAUCUCGUAGCUCAGUCUCUUUUGCACCCACUGAGAAUCUAUCUCAGAGCUCAAUCGAUUACUCUCCCUUUGACAUUUUGUGCCUUCUUAUCGAUUCUUCUACAUGUACCAAUCAAUUUCCUUCUUGUUUCACACCUUAAAUUAGGGGUUAAUGGUGUUGCUCUAAGUGGGGUUUGGACUAACUUCAAUCUUGUGGGCUCAUUGAUCAUCUAUAUCAUCUACUUUAAAGUCCAUAAAAAGACAUGGGCAGGGUUCUCAAUGGAGUCGUUUAAAGAAUGGAAAUCUUUGUUGAAUUUGGCCAUUCCGAGCUGCAUUUCGGUCUGCCUUGAAUGGUGGUGGUACGAGAUCAUGAUUCUUCUAUGCGGGUUGUUGCUCAACCCUAGAGCUACAGUUGCUUCAAUGGGGAUUCUGAUUCAGACAACAGCAUUAAUCUACAUAUUCCCAUCUUCUCUGAGCUUCAGCGUCUCGACGAGAGUCGGAAACGAGAUCGGCGCAGACAGACCGAAGACGGCCAAGCUGGCGGCCUUCGUCGGCCUUAACAUUGGCUUCAUCCUAGGCCUUUCGGCACUUGUUUUUGCGGUCAUGAUUAGGAACGUGUGGGGCGUCAUGUUCACAAAUGAUGAAGAGAUCAUAGCGCUGACGUCUCUUGUUUUGCCGAUAAUCGGAUUAUGCGAGCUCGGGAACUGUCCGCAAACGACUGGCUGUGGGGUGCUAAGGGGCACGGCCAGGCCGAAAGAAGGAGCGAACAUAAACCUGGCUUGCUUUUACCUCGUUGGUAUGCCGGUGGCUGUAUGGCUAGCUUUCUUCGCGGGGUUUGAUUUCAAGGGGCUGUGGCUGGGAAUGUUGGCUGCACAAGGGUCGUGUGUGGUGGCCAUGAUGGUGGUUUUGGUUCGGACGGAUUGGGAUUUUGAGGCCGAAAGAGCUAAGCAGCUCACCGGAGCUGCAACAAUGGCGGCUGAUGAUGAUGACAGCAAAGAAGUUGAGCAAGAGAAGCCAUACAAAGCAGAAAUCAAGGAGGAUUCUUUUUCUUUAUUAGAUCACUCAGAUCAUUAUUGCAUCGUUUAA